AUGAAUUCGAAUGGUACCAAUCAUUCUGUGCAAAAGAAGCAAAUUCGUAAAGUGAAAAGAAAAUUGCGACGUUUGCAAAAUGCGAAAAAAUUGAAACGAUAUAUGGUUGAUGCGAUCAGAGAUGUUAAUCGUAAGAAGCAUGCGAAAUCGUUGAAACGAGCUAUUGAUAUCGAAGAUGACUGGUGUGCUGAUCGUCAAAUUGUAGCUGAAAAUGAAGCAGAUGAUGAUAUUCUUCCUUUGGAUAUGCUUGAUGCAGAUAUUGAUUGGGAAAAUAGCGCAUUUGCUUCAAAAAUUAGGCGAAUUGAAAAGACUAAAGUUGAUAUCGAAAGUGAACCACGUAGAUUUCCUGGAACACUGGAUGAUAAUAUGCGAGAGCUAUUGCCAGUCAAAGUGGGUACCAAAAUAGUAAGACAGACAUGCAAGAAAGAUGAGCUUGAAAGCAGUGAAGAUGUAGAAGAAAAACAACAACAAAAUGAAGAAAGUCAAAUAGAUUUAUCUCAGCUAAGUGCAGCAGAGUUGUUAAAAUUACGCUACGAUCAUGUGGAGAAUGCAAAAAAUAGUAUAAGUAACUUGGCAUACUUGAUUAUUGCUGAUCCUCAUAGUGAGGUGCACAAAUUGAGGGAGUUGUAUAUAUUAUCCACAGGGAAAGAUAUUUUUUCAUUGGCUCGUGAAACUGUGAUAAAACUUGCAACUGUUUCAUUGGCUGAAGUUUUUAUCGAUAUAAUCCCUGGUUACGUUAUAAGGCCCCGUACCGACGAGGAGAUGUCUCAAAAACUUAGUAAAGAAACGAAGAAAUUAUAUGAUUUCGAGCAAACACUUUUACGGUACUACCUGAAAUAUUUGCAGCAUUUGGAAAGCUAUGCUGCUAAGUUAUUGAAGCAACCGAACAGUGACCAUCAGUUGCCGAUUGUUUGCUUGAAAUGCCUUUCACGAAUUCUCCUAAAUGCUCCUCAUUUCAAUUACGCUUCAAAUAUAAUCAACUUUAUAGUUCGCAUAUGCACUUCAAAUUCUAAGGAUGCUAUUGAUUUGUGUUGUUCUACACUGAGCGAUUUGUUUCAAAACGAUUUAAAUUUUCGAAUAUCUUCCACUGCAGCAAAAUAUAUUGCAUCUAUUGUUAAUCAAAAAAAAGGCAAUGUACCACCAGCACUAAUCGCAACAUUUCUGAAAUUGAAAGUGAAGGAAGUGAAUAAGGGUGAAAAAAAUCAAGGAAAGGAAAAGCUGUUGAAUAAGAAAAGACUUCUGAAUAAGGAAAAGAAAAAGAAAAGUAAAGAAAGGUUCGUUAAACAAUUGAAGAAACUGCAAGCUGAUUUGAAAGAAGUUGAAGCAGCCGAAUCUAUUUCAACAAAAUUAUCAUUUGCAACCGAAACAAUGAAUCAUGUAUUCGCAACAUACUUUCGUGUCAUAAAACGAUUACCGACCACAAAGUUAUUGGAACCAGUACUGGAAGGUUUGGCUAAAUUUGCGCAUUUAAUCAACAUUGAAUUCUUUGAUGAUAUGAUAGCUGCACUAUCAUCACUUAUCAAUCAGCAGCAUCUUCGAUUGGUUGAUUCAUUACGAUGCAUAUAUACAUCAUUCGUUAUGCUUUCCGGUGAAGGUAUUGCAUUAAAUAUUGAUCCAUCUCGAUUUUAUUGGUCAAUGUAUCGUUUAUUACCUUCUAUAGCAUUCGAAAAGCAUCAAGAUGGACUUGUAAAUACAUUAUCGCUGACAUUACGUACGUUAGAUUUAAUGAUUAAUUGCCGUCGUAAACAAGUUCCAGCGUGUCGUGUAGCCGCUUACAUCAAACGUUUAUUAGCAUUAGCAUUUUUCAUGCCUUCUUCUGGCGCAGCAUCUAUUUUAAUAUGUAUUAGAUCUUUUUUCAUUGCUUAUCCAAAACUUGAUUGCAUGGUAGAAGAUACGGAUGGAUGCUCUUAUAUAGAGUCGUUUAAGCCAGAACUUGAUGAUCCGGAUUGUUGUGGUGGACUUUCUUCGUCAAUAAUCGCUGAAAUUAACACCCUUGCUAAACAUUCUGACAAAACAGUUAGAGUAAUAGCACGAUAUUUUCAAUCUGGCUUACCAUCUACAGGACCUAAUCGUCUGUUACCAGAAUAUUCAAUAAAGAAAGCAUACGAAUGGUAUGAUGAAAACAAUAAGGUAACAGAAGUUGAUGAAGAGCCUUUUUUUAUCAAACUUAUCACUGCAUACGCAAAGAAGCAGAAAUUGCAAUUGACAUCAAAAACGUUACAUCCGUUGGUGUGCAGAUGGGUUGAGGAAAAUAUGGAAAGGAAGUCAUAA